AUGUCGGAGGUCCUCACUGUAGAUGCUAUUCUGUUUGGGUUUCUGGUCUUCUCUGGCAUCCUGGGAAACAUAUUGGUCAUCCAUGUGGUGUUCCAGUCGGCCAUUGAAAAUUUGUCUCGUCGGCUCCCUCCCUCUGACAUCAUCCUGGCGAACCUGUCGCUGGCCAACCUGCUGACGUCUCUGUUCCGCACGGUACCCAUCUUUGUGUCUGAUCUGGGUCUGGAUGUGUCACUGUCCCAGGGCUGGUGCCGCCUCUUCAUGUUGCUGUGGGUGUGGUGGCGGGCCGUGGGCUGCUGGGUCACUCUGACCCUCAGUGCCUUCCACUGUGCCACCCUGAAGCGACAGCAUGUGGCCAUGGGCCCCCUUGCACAGGAGCAUGAGAGGAGGAAGGUGUGGGUGGCUCUGGGGCUUGUCUGGGGACUCAAUCUCGCCUUUUCCCUGCCAGCGCUGGUUUACACCACACAUGUCCAAGGCAAUGCCACGGUGGAGCUGAUGGUGAUCAGCUGCACCACCAGGCCCCUGCUGGGCUGUAUGUGGGAAUUCCCCUCAGAGGAGCAGGGCUCGGCCUUCGCCUCCACCUCCCUGGUCCUCAACGAGGUGGUUCCCCUGAUGCUGAUGGUGGGCACCAACCUGGCUACGCUGCACUCGCUGGCCAAACACAUCCGGGCCGUCACCUCGGCAGGCGAGGCAGGGGGAGGGACGCAUGGCGCGCUGGACAGACAUGUGUCCAGUGAACGCAAGGCCAGUCAUGUGAUUAUGUUGCUUGUGAUGCUGUUUGUGGUGUGCUGGGUCCUGCAAGUUGCAGCGGUGACAUACUAUAACCAUAACAGGGGGCACCAUGCGGAGGAGCUGCUGACUGUGGCCCACUUCUCUGCUUCUGUGUUUGUGGGCUUCAGUCCCAUGGUGGUGGCUCUGGGACAUGGCAAGCUGAGGAGGAGGAUCAUGAGGAUGAUCGCUGGCUGUGCUGACAGAGUGAAAUUUCAACAGGAGAAAAUAAUAGAUGAAAGCAAAGCUCCAGACACAAGGGAGACGACUGCAAAACAAACCGUUUUCACUAUUCAGAAGGAGAGAGAGGUUGUCAAAUCAGAGGAGAGAGUUAAAGCAAAUAAAUGA